CCGGCGACGAAAACCAGAAAAACCAAUAGGUUUGGGGGAAGAGAAACAGAAUGAUAGAAUGUCAGUGGCAACUGUGGCAUCCUGCAACUGUAUACCCUGCAGCACCUGAAAAAUUCAUUGGAUUUGGAGGACAUGUUUCCAAUCCCCUAACAUCCUCUCUUUCUCCCCAUACUUCUCUCUCUUGCACCAAGUUCAAAUCCACCAGCUUCUUAUGCAGCUCCAAACAUUGUUUCAAGUGCUUUUGUGACAAAACUGAAAGCACCCAUGAACCCUCUUCCCAGGGGUUUUCGGCACUGGCAGCAGAUGCUCCAUGGGACAAUGGAACUGUGUGGAGCACUAUGGCUUUCUAUAUGUUCAGUUUGCACAUCCCUCUGAGUUUUGGAGGGUUGUCUGUGGUUGCUCAUCUGUUGCAUGAACCUGUACUUGAUCCACAGACAGAGGCAAUAUCAUUGCUUGGAGCUCAAACUCUAGAGCUCAUUGCGGCUCUGCUGCUUCUGCAGAGUACUGCCAAGCCACAAUACAAGUUUGUGGAUUUCUUCAAAGCUAAAAAACUAUCAAAAGAGAGGAGCUGGCUGUUGGCAUCUGUCGUAGGAUUUGGGUUUCUGUUCAUGUUGGUUUUCCUAACUUCCUUACUUGCUGAUAGAGUCGUUGGCCCCAAGGAUAUAAACAACCCCGUUCUGAAGGAAAUCUUGUUGAGCAGCAACAUCUCACAAGCUGCUUGUGUUCUCGUAUACUGCAUUAUCACUCCCGUGCUGGAAGAAACUGUUUACAGAGGAUUUUUACUGGCGUCAAUUUUGUCCACUACGAAAUGGCAGUCUGCAGUUUUGAUAAGCUCGGCUAUUUUUAGUGCAGCUCACUUAUCUGGUGAGAAUUCCUUACAGUUGUUCAUCAUUGGAUGUGUACUUGGAUGCUCUUAUUGUUGGACUGGAAACUUGAGCUGUCCCAUCUUAAUACAUUCUCUGUACAACGCCAUGACCCUAAUGAUAACAUUCUUGUCCUGAGCUCUCGCUCAAUUUCAUAACCAUUGUAAUUAACUCACUAUAUUUGAGAAUUUCAGUUUCAAGAACAUAAACCGGUACAAAACUCUUCCAAGAUUUUGUUUUCCGUACUCUUUUUCUUCGUCUCUUCAAGAUUUAGCGUUCAA